AUGGCCCAGUUUGUCCGUAACCUCGCGGAGAAGGCCCCGGUGCUGGUCAGAACUGCUGUGACUUUCUCGAAGCUUCGAUUGGCCACAUUUUGGCACUAUGCCAAGGUUGAGCUGGUUCCUCCAACCCCUGCUGAGAUCCCUACAGCUAUUCAAAGCUUGAAAAACAUUAUCAAUAGUGCUCAAACUGGUAGCUUCAAACAGCUCACAGUUAAGGAAGCUCUACGGAAUGGUUUGGUGGCCACUGAGGUGUGGAUGUGGUUUUAUGUUGGCGAGAUCAUAGGCAAUCGUGGCAUCAUUGGCUAUAAUGUUUGAAGACCAAUCAUUGCUUUGUUAUUUGGGUGUUCUUGGACCAUGUGUGAGCAGACUGCUAUUUGAAUAAAAUAAGACAAUGUGUCAAAAUCAGUGUUUCUCUGUCAAGCACUACAUGGAAGGUCACAAUUUCUCUUGAUAUUAAGUUGGGUUGUCUUUUGCUUUAACACAUUAAUACAGCUCUAAAUGCAUGUCUUUGCUUAGCCUGCAAUUGGAAAGGAUAGAUAUGAACAUACCAACCUGGUGCAUGUAUAUAUGAGGAUAGCAUUUUACUUUGAAGGCUUGAAAUAAAUGAUAUUUAAGCUUAAUUUUAGAAAAGUUGGGGAAAGACUUUGAGAAAACAAGAACUUGUUCCAGUAGGAGAAAAAUAAUACCAUGUGCCAAACAUGGUAUAUACUAGUUAAAUCACCUAGUAUAAAGAAUACAAUUUGGACUGUUUUUCUUUGCUAAAA